AACGUAAGUGUUCAUUCUAAUGCUAAAGUUUCAAUCUUUUCUUCUUUUCCUUUAAUGGGUUCUUUCUGUUUGGUUCUUUCCUUUCAGAUUUCGUUUUCAUUUGGUUACUUUAUUGGUGCCACAUUGCCAUCAUUUGUGUUAUUUUUAGUGUUCUGUUGAAGUUUCUGUGUUUUGUUUUUUUGGGUUUUUUUCAUUAGUUGUUUAUAAUUAGAUUCAUUUGGUUGAGAAGUAAUGAUUGUGUAUAAGCAUGAUUUGUUUUCUACAUAUCUUUGUUUGAUCAUCAAUAUUGUAUUUUACUUAGUUGCCCCUUUUCCCUUUUUUUUUUUUCAGUAGAAUUACUAAAUGUUUGAUUUCAGCUUAAAUUUAUAGUAUGGAUCUUUAGAUUUGGGUACUUGAUUAGUGAAAUUAGUGGCUGUGUGUAUUUGGAUUUAUUUGGAAUGUAACAACACUAUCUUAAUGUGAGAUUUAAUUGCUUAUGUUGGAGAGUCCGGAGAAGCUCGAGAGAAUCGGACUCACACUUGAUAUAUCUCAACAGGUGUCAAAAUCAAUUUUUCUCCCAAACCUACACUAAGUGAAUUUUAAGGUAUACUGAAUUCUACUUUGAAAAUGGGAGUUGAAAAAGAAGGGACUAAAAGUGGAGGUAGUUUUUUCCAUUUGUUUGAUUGGACCUCGAAAUCGCGCAAGAAAUUAUUUGCAUCUAAGUCAGAUUUACCAGAGUCUUUGAAACAUGAAAGAAAAGCCAAUCACAAUGUCGCAAUGAGACAUCCAUAUCUGGUCGAUGAAGACGAAAAUGGUGUAGGGGAAUAUGUUAGAGGAAGUUGUGAUAAUAGUUAUGCUUCAUCUGUUACAAGUGAUGACACAUGUGGAACACGAGCUCCUAAUGUAGUUGCAAGGCUCAUGGGAUUAGAUUCUUUGCCUUCUUCCGGUUUCUCUGAUCCUUACUCGACGCCAUAUUUUGAAACAAGAUCCCUUCAAGAUUCUCAGUUUCUAUAUUCUGGAAAGUUGGUUGAAAAAGUUGAUGGAUCGUCUAGCAACUUCGUGGAGCCAAAGCCUCAAAAGGUUAUUACAAGACCAAUUGAAAAGUUUCAAAGAGAAGUGUUACCUCCGAAAUCGGCUAAAUCGAUUCCUGUUACACACCAUAAACUUUUGUCCCCUAUUAAGAAUCCCGGCUUUGUUCCAUCCAACAAUGCUGCAUAUAUAAUGGAGGCUGCAGCGAGAAUUAUUGAACCUGGAUCUUCCCAAGCAAAGGCUAAAACACAUAUGGCGGCAUCAUCGACAGUCUCACUGAGGGUAAAAGAUGUUAGAGAUAAGUUGGAUUCUUCGCAGAAGGUACCUCUAAUUACGACAUCUUCCGUGGCUUUUAGGACUCGAGAGCUAAAAGAAAAAAGAGAUAUUUCUCAAAGAACAAGCAGGGUUUCAGAACGUUCUCAAAGGUCAUCAGUCGAGUCGAAUGCUGCAAAGUAUUUAAAGGGACAGUCUUUGAACAGAAGCUGGAAUGGAACUCCGGAAACAUCUGUGAAGUCUCCUACAAAUGCAGAAGAAGACUUUUCUUUGAAGAAUAAAGGGAAGUCUGUUUUGUCUGCCGAGACAUCUGUGAAGUCUCCUACACAUGCAGAAGAAGACUUUUCUUUGAAGAAUAAAGGGAAGUCUGUUUCGUCUGCGGAAACAUCUGUAAAGUCUCCAACACAUGCAGAAGAAGACUCUACUUUGAAGAAUAAAGGGAAGUCUGUUUCGCUUGCAAUCCAAGCAAAGGUAAAUGUUCAAAGAAGGGAAGGUUUGAGUUCGACAGGUGGCAGAAACUUGAUGGGCCAAAAAGAGCAUGUCGACAUCAAAUCGAAUCAGCCACUCCCUAAGGCAAAUGCUCAGAAGAAUUUGCAUCGGAAAUCUUCUGGCCAGAAUUCUUCUAAUGUUCUGAGGCAGAAUAAUCUGAAACAGAACCAUUCAAAUGAUAAUAACGACAGAUUAGCACCAUCUAAGCCAUUGGUUUCCAAUUCACAAGGAAGAAAAGUUACGACUGGAGAUUCCCCUUACGGACGACACAGAAGCUCCAGUAGUAAAUCUACUGCAAAAUCUAAAGUUGGAUCGAGAAAGUCAGCUGUGGAGGUGACAGAUAGCGAAAACGAAAUUCUAUACACCAGCACAAACAAUUUUCCAAGAAAGAAAAGGACUACGGACAAAGAUUGGAACGAUAGAGUUGUCGAUAAUUUGUUCAUCGACAAAACUCCAAAGUCUGUUAAGUCGAAUCUAUCAAGUAAUAAACAAUAUGGUUGGUCUGAAGAAGUGAAAAAGAAAGACAUGGAUGUAGUUUCCUUCACAUUUACUACACCAUUAACAAGGAGCAGCAGCAAUCCAGGUUCUGAGACACCUCGACAAGAUGGAAAGAAUACUAAUGAACUUUCAUUAGAUCAACGCAUCAAAAGAGUGUUGCUAGACGCAGACAAUACAAGGUCUCCAAUAGGAUACAAUGUAAUUGGUGGUGACGCCUUAGGUAUUCUUCUAGAACAGAAGUUGAAGGAAUUGAAUCAAUUGACAAGUGGAGUUGAAACCUCUUCCAUUACUGCACCAAAGUCAAAUGAUCAAGUAACCAACUUCAAUAUAGUUAACCUCAAUCCAAGAUCGGAGCAGAAGAAAGACCAAGAUAUGUCAUUUACAGAAAGUUUAAGUGGUAGCCGUGGUUCUGACAUGUCCUUCACCAAUCUUCCAGAAUCAUCCUUGAAACAUAAAUCAUGGGGUGAUGAGAUGGAACCAUUGUCAUUCAAUUGCCGACAACCAAGUCCAAUCUCAGUUCUUGAGCCUUCUUUUUCGAUCGAAAGCUGUGAAUCUUCGAUAAGCGCAGACGUUACUAGUACAGAAGGAAGCAAAAUGUUUUCGUCUCUUCAAGCCCAAGAAAUUCAUGGCUUUAAUUUUUCAAGGAAGUUCUAUCCAACUGAAUGUGAUGCAGAAUUAUCUGACUCAGCUUCUUCAACAUCAACUAGGACUAUGAUGAAGAAGCAGAAUAGUACAUUUUCUGUGAUGAAGUUCGGUAGAUCAUCAAGUACAUGGGAGCUAGACUAUGUGAAAGAGAUACUAUGUAAUGUUGAGUUGAUGUAUAUCGAUUUUUCACUCGGUCGAUCUCACGAAGUUGUUAACUCUCAUCUCUUCAACCAGUUGGAAAGCCGAAAGGGAGGUUUCAAGAGUGACGAUGAAUCAAGAAUAGAAAGGAAAGUUAUAUUUGAUUGUGUGAGUGAAUGUUUGGAUUUGAGAUGCAAAAGUUAUGUAGGAGGAGGGUAUAAAAUGUGGAUUAAAGGGUUUGAAAUAGUGAAAAGAAAAGAUUGGUUAGCAAAUGAUGUGUACAAGGAAAUUUUGGGUUGGAAAGGGAUGAGAGAUUCAAUGGUUGAUGAACUUGUGGACAAGGAUAUGAGUAGUCAAUAUGGAAAGUGGUUGGAGUUGGAUUAUGAGGUUGAUGCUUAUGAAUUUGGUGAAGAAGUUGCUGAUCAAAUAUUUAAUUCUUUGGUUGAUGAUGUUGUCUAUGAUAUGUUGCAAUUUUAAACACUUUGAUGGUUGAUUUUGAAGUUGUUUGAUUGAAAUGAUUAAGUCAUUGUUGUUCUCUUAUUGAUUCAUUCAUGGAAGUUGGAUUAUCAAGUCUUUAUAAAUAUAUAGUUUUUUGUUCUUGGUGAUUGAACAAA